CGAAGAAACCGGAAGUGUGAUUGUUUCRUUCUGUAGAAGGUGUUAUGGUGGCGCCAGUGGAGGGAAUUUCAAAAUAACAGAGCCAUCACCCAAAGAUAAAGACCCAGACUGGUGACCUAAGAUGACCAGAGUAGGUCCCCUGCAGCAGCAUCCUCUAGCAGGGUGCAGUGACCCAGACAUCCGGCUGGUCCCCCUGCCUGCCCCGGUGCCCCUGGUCCCCGCUAGCCUCCUGCGGUUCCCGGAACUGGACCUGUCUCUCCCCCUCAGCCCAGACCCACCACGCCCCAACCCGGCUAGCCUGCUGAGAGGACGCAGCCACCGGCAGGUGCGAUUUGCCUCCGARGAGCCUGUGGUUGUCACGGUGAUAGCAGAGCCUAGCAAAGAUCCUCCACCUUGGCAWUGCCCUGGACACUCCAGCAGUUACUCAAAGGGGAAAAGACUCCAUG